CCUCGUAAACCGUUGGUCCACCCUUCACUUCAGCCUCACUUCAGAGACGUUGGAGUUUGUGGGUUAUUUCCAUGCAGUCGGUGGUUUUCACAAUGUCCGGAGUUUGUAGACCUUCGGCCAUCGCUGUCGCCUUAAUUCUCUGCGGCUUCACUCUAACAACAGAGGCGCAGACAUCGACUCCUUCUCCAGCUCCGACUCCUUGUGCCUUGAGAUCCAACACCAGUUGUGCAGAAUGCCUGCAAAAUGUGACAUGUUUGUGGUGCAUACCAACACAACAAUGCAUUGACUACCCAGUGAGGAACAUCCUGCCCCCCAGCAGUGUGUGCCCUUUGACUGAUGCACGAUGGGGGGUCUGUUGGGUCAACUUCCAGAUUUUGAUCAUCAGCAUGUCAGUGCUGGCUGGCAUCAUCAUCAUUGCCAUUCUUGUUUGCUGCUUCUGCUGCUGCAAAUGUGAAAGAAUUGGAAGCAAGAGAGAAGAUGCAAAGGUGGAGCGACAAACCCGAGCGAGGAAGGCCCGGCAGAAAGCAAAGAGAACAGAAAUGCAGUUGAGGCAUGAUGAAAUCAGGCAGAAAUAUGGUCUGGCAAAGGAUAAUCCAUACUCCCGUAUGAAUGAUCAUUAAGAAGAAUCUCGAUGAUGACCAUUCCUUGAAAAGAGAUGAUCUUAAGAUGAUCUUCUUGAUGCCAGUAACAUUGAGAUACAAAGUACAAGUAGCAUAUGAUAAACUGUGAUUAUACAGAUUGAGUUCAGUGAUGGUAAAAAAAAAAAAAAAGGUCACCAAAUCAUUUUGACUGAGAGUAGACUAUAUUCCACAUUCUGUUCACCUAAUGUUUCAUUUUUUUAUACACAUCACUUUCUGCUAUUAAUAUUUCUUCUGCCUUCAUUUUGAUGUAAAUAAUUGUGUGAAAAUCUGUUCAGUUAACUUGUUUUUAGAUAUACAAACAUCAUUGUAUAAUUUUGCAUAAAAUGCAGUAAUAUAACAAUUUCAACAACUCUGGAGCUGAUUGGUGCUCAUGGUACUCUUUUUUUAUAACCAGCAGUUUCACUUUCAUUCUGUAUUGGUAGACUUUUUUACUGAUCGUAACUCAUGUCUAAAGUUCACCAUUUAUUUUUAUAUAAAUAGUUCAGUUAUAACAUGUAACACCACAUUUUACAGUUUUUGCUAUUUUAUCUGUCGAUAAAUAUCAGAAUCAGAGUAAGUUUUAGAAGAUUACUGGAUAAAGGAAAUGUGUGUUCUUUAAUUACAUGGGAAGCAUUUGAUUCUUGUGCAGCUGUUAAAAACAAAUUGUGACCAUAAAUUUUUAAAUGUAAUCAAUAAAAUUGAAAAUGUUCUUAUUA